UAAAAACUAAAACCUUCACGCUUCGCUCUUCCCACAUAUCUUUGUCGCCUUCAAAAAGCCCUAAUCGCGCCUCGCCCCGAGUCGCGCUGCUGCUUCACACAUCUUCUCGCUCGCUCUGUUUUCCGGCCGAGCAAUCGCAUCGAGCCGUUUCUUAAAGACAGAGCUCUCUCUCUACUUUGAGUUGCAUUGCUUCCAAGCAGAAAGCGUUCUCACUUUCCUCCAUGGCCAACAAUCCCUCACAGCUCCUCCCGUCAGAGUUGAUUGACCGGUGUAUAGGUUCGAAAAUAUGGGUUAUAAUGAAAGGAGACAAGGAGCUUGUUGGUACUCUUAGGGGCUUCGAUGUGUACGUCAACAUGGUCCUUGAGGAUGUCACUGAGUAUGAGAUCACUGCUGAAGGACGAAGGAUAACAAAGCUUGAUCAGAUUUUGCUUAAUGGAAACAACAUAGCUAUCUUGGUCCCCGGUGGCUCCCCGGAUCUGGAAUGAGUUGGAUUCAUCCUCUAAUCCAAUAGUAGAUUAUGUAGUUAUUUUUAGUUGUUAGAAGUCUCAUCAGCAACAUCGUUUGAUUUUAUAACCCUCUUUUUUUGGGUUUAUGAAUGUGCAACCUUAGUUGAUUGAGCUCUAAUUAGAUUGAGCUCAUGUAUGAAUGUCUGAUGCAAAUAGGUCAACGCAUGGUGCAUGAUCACAUCAUCUUAUUAUUCAAUAUCUAUGUCUUGCUGAACUUGAGGGUGUGACAGAUGUUAUGCUUGGUGCAAGUUGUUUCUAGGUUUCAUCUUCAAGUACAUUGUCAUUGAAGAACCUGUCUUGGCUUGUUUUAGUGCAACGAAUGGGAACCCUAUGGUUGUAGAGUA